AUGAAACGGCAACGAAUUGAAGAUCCAUAUGGUUACAGUUAUGGUUAUGGUACUGGGUUAACCGCUGGGAAACGACAACGACAAGAUUCAUAUCAGAAAGCUCUGGCUGAUGGAAAGUAUGAAUUACGAUUACUGGUAACAAGUCGGGGAGCUGGUGCAAUCAUCGGCAAAAAGGGUGAAAGCGUCAAAAAUAUUCAAACCGAGUGCGACGCGACUGUAUCAGUCCCCGAUAGCCAGACGCCUGAACGCGUGGUGCAGUUAGUUGCAACUGUUGAAAAUGUCGUCAAAUGUGUAGAAAUGAUAAUUGCGAGAAUCGAUGAGGUACACGAUAACCAGGAUCGCGAUUCGGAAUUAAAAGUACUAGUACACCAAUCUCAUGCAGGUGCUGUAAUUGGUCGUGGAGGAAGUCGUAUCAAGGAAUUGCGUGAGGAAAAUGGAGUUGAUCUCAAGGUGUAUUCAGAAUGUUGUCCCCAGUCGACAGAACGUAUUAUCCAAAUUAAUGGAAAACCAGAAAAGAUUGUGGCCUGCUUGGUUACAAUUAUCAGUACACUGAAAGAAAUUCCAAUUAAAGGACCUUCACGUCCAUAUGAAUCGAUUUUUUUUGAUCCAAUGGUUGCAAAUGAAUAUGGAGGUUAUGCUGGAGAUCAUGGCGGAAGGGGGGGAAUAAGAGGAUACGGUCCACGAGGUCGAAUUCCUUUGCCGCCUUAUGGGCCAGUACCACCUGCGUAUGAUGAUGGACCUUUAGAGACGGCACAGGUGACAGUGCCAAAUGAAUUGGGUGGGACAAUUAUCGGCCGAGGUGGUGAACGUAUUCGACGUAUUCGUGAUGAAUCUGGUGCACAUAUCAAAAUUGAGGAGGAAGAUCCGAACGGUGAACGGAUUAUCACAAUAUCAGGCACACCAAGUCAGAUUGAAAUGGCACAAUUUUUGCUUCAGCAAUGUGUUCGGUCUUCAGCUGCUGGACGCAAAUACUUGAGCGCUGGCUAA